CAUUUGCAUUGCAUUUUGCUAUUGCAUUAUGAUCGGAAGGGACGAAGGUAUAAGCACACGAAACUCAUUAUUUUGUUCUUGAAUGUUUCGUUGCAGAUAGAACGGGAUGAACUACAUGAAGUGACACUUGGAAUGUAAGAGAUUUUCCCAUUUGUGUCUUCACAACAAAUUUGGUAGAUAUCACGCAGCAUGUAUUGACGGAGACAACAGUUCAUUUUGCCGAGACUGAUGAUAGUUACAGUCUGGACCGGCUAUCUCCUGUUUCAAGACCCACCGCAAUUUUUUGUGGAUGCCACUCGUGCCUUCAACUCCAGACUUGUGUGCCUUGCGCAAGGGAUCCUUCACAUGGGGAGUUCCUGUCUGAGCAAGGAUCGCAGUCGACAGCAGCCGUGUCGACAAAGCCAGAACCACCAUCACAACCGCCACAACCGUCGCAACCAUCAUGGGCAGUUGCACCCACCACCUCGGGGUUAUCACGUGACCACCAUGCACCAAUCAGCGCAGCAGAACCUUGAGAGACAACUACGUAAUGUCCGACACCCGAAUCUGUUCCUAGCGGGACUCUCCUCUAGUGACAAUGAUGAUGAUGAUGAUGACACCAACACUGACAUUCUUGUCUUGGAUACACUGUCAAUCAUCAGACGACUGGUUGACAAUGAUCCUGAGCCACCGUCUUCGAUGUUAAGACUUCAUGAUAUAGCUGAGAGUGAAAGUGGCUGGUUAAGGGUUGUAUUGUCCAUGAUUCGUGUCAUCCCGAUGGAAGAUGGUUUGGGACCGGCUGUCAUAACACUACUCAUAGACGAGUGCCCUCUACCAACAGUGGAGACUAUACACAGGUUAUAUGGAGCCCUGGGAAUCUCUCAAAAUCUGUCGCAAGAGGCACAGGCUCAUGCAGCAAGGCAUCGGAAUAUCGCAACCGUCUUAGGAUGUCUGGCUGAGAAGUUAGCUGGGCCCAAAAGUAUCACUAUGCUCAUUGAUGAUGUGUUGCAGUACCUACUGGCUAACCUGAAUUUGAAGUUCAGUCCCCAGGUUGUUCUCUUCUCUCUCAUAGCUCUGGAGAAGUUUUCACAAACAUCGGAGAACAAGAUCACGAUUUCGAACAGCGGUAUACGAGAACUGCUGCUACCCUUGGAGAAAUACGCAAGCAGCGAGGAUCUGAUGCUAAGACAGGUUGGCUUCUGUGCUCAGUGGUGUCUGGACAACCUCUUCUUGGUGGAAGGCCGGCCCUACACACAUGAGUUAGUGUCACUAAAGGAUUGCCACGCCAUGCUGAAUGACAAAGAUGUCAGUGAAUAUCUCAAGAUUACACCCACGGGACUUGAGGCUCGUAGUGACGCUUCAUCCUUCGAGAGCGUGCGGUGUACGUUCUGCGUGGAUGCGGGGAUCUGGUAUUACGAGGUCCGCGUCAUCACCGAUGGCGUAAUGCAGAUCGGCUGGGCCACCAAGAAUAGUAAAUUCCUGAAUCAGGAGGGGUAUGGCAUUGGGGAUGAUGAGUUCUCAUUUUCCUACGACGGCUGCCGACAGCUUUUGUGGUACAAGGCAAAGAGUAGACCCCAUGAUCACCCCAUGUGGAAAGCAGGGGACAUUGUUGGAUUUUUAUUAGACCUGAAGCAUCAAGAAAUGCUGAUCGCACUGAAUGGUAACUUCCUACCUCCAGAAACCGAUCUCUUCACGUCAGCUCAGUCUGGUUUUUUUGCCGCAGCUAGCUUCAUGUCUUUCCAGCAGUGCGAGUUCAACUUCGGCAUGAAGCCCUUCGUUUAUCCUCCCCAAGUGGCGUUCAAAACGUUUAACGACUACGCAACGCUGGCCCCAGAUGACAAGGUCAUUCUCCCAAGACAUAAGAAGAUGGCCUUACUGCGGCAUAUGAGCGUCAGUGAAAACGCCUGCAAUCUUUGCUUUGAUAGAGAAGCAGACGUCAUCUUGAAGCCAUGUAACCACAGCGGUGUGUGUAUGGAUUGUGCAAUGCAACUAGAACAGUGUCACCUGUGCAGGAGUACCAUCAGUGUCCGUGCCUUUCACCAGGCUGGUCAGCACCACUCGUGACAAAGUCUCAAAUGUUAACCUCCAAGGCUUUGCUGUCGUCCCUUUCUUUCUACCAAAUGACACAAUUUGGUGGUAGUGUUGGUUGAGUUCUGGAACACUCAACACUUUAGCAGGAUGAUGUACCAAAUUAAGGCACAAAAAUAACAUGAUUAUCUUAAAUCCUACCCUUUUGAAGGUUUUCCACAGGCACAGAAACACUUUGCUCAUUAUUCAGUAUUACCCAUUUCAAAUGGGAGGAUGAAUAAGCCAGUUUUAAUGUUUUUCUGGAAUAUUAAGUGCUGAACCAACAGAAUGAUGUAAAUAAUAAAUCUUGUAUAUAAUUAGUAUAUUGCCUGAGUAAGGAAUGUAUGCAUCAAGAAGGGAAAAAAAAAUCAAUUUUAUUUAGUAUUCAAAUUUUGAAUAUAACCAAGUUAAUGUUCUUGUUUCUUAUUUAAAGUAGGAUAAA